CACUGUUUCGAAGCUGACAUCCCAUGUACUUAAAGAAAUGGAAACGAAGCUGUGCCCUCAGUUUAUACGGUUUACACCAGAGGAUUCCCUUACGUGUAAAGAGUGGUUUGUGCAGCAAUAUAAAAUUCCAGGAGUUAUAGGGUGCGUUGAUGGGACCCACAUCGGCUUACAAAAACCCACAGUGAACGAGCACAUGUACUUCAAUAGAAAAGGCUACCAUAGUAUCAACGCUAUGAUAAUAUGUGAUCACACUUACAAAAUUUUGGCUAUUAACUGUCAAUACGGUGGUGCAGCCCACGAUUCAUUUGUUUGGAAACACUCGGACCAGCGAAGAGUUUUGGAAGAACGAUUUCAGCACAACAGGAAUGAAAAUUCACGGCUUUUAGGUAUAUUUUCAUUUUGUUCUUUUUACCACAUUUAUUUUAUUUAUAUUUUAACAGGGGAUUCUGGCUACCCAUUGGAACCAUGGUGCAUAACUCCUUACAGAAACGCUUCGGAGGGUGCAAAUGAAGCUAUGUUCAAUGAAAUACAUUCCAAGGCAAGAUGUAUCGUCGAACGAACUAUCGGAAUUUUAAAAGGACGCUGGAGAAUUUUAGGAUAUGGCAACAGAGGAAGGUACCAUCCGACAAAAGUGGCAAUAUUUGCUAACGUUUGUGCAGCAUUACACAACAUCUGCAUAAAAUUUAAAAUAAAUUAUGAUCCUCAGAAUUGCGAAUCUGAUCAAACAACGGAUAUCGACACUGGGGUAGCGAACCGCCUCACCGCAAUCGGCCAAACAAUAAGGGAUCAAAUAAUGCACUCUUUAAUAAAUUGAAGAUGAAAAU